AUGAUGGGUUUAGAAAAACCUGAUUCAGGUUCAAGAUUCCGUUUUUCAAACAUAUCAACAGAUCCUUUUGCAAUUUCUACAGUAUCUAUAGCAUUUAUAUCAUGGAUUAUAGCAUUUGCAGGAUCUAUUGCAUCAAGUUUAACAGAAAGUUUCCCAAGAUUUACAUGGUGGGGUUUAGUAUUUGAAUUAAUUUUAUUAAUAAUGUUAUUUUUUUUCUAUACAUUUGAUUUAAUUGAUCAAUAUAAAUCAUUUUUAACUUCAGCUUUUGGUAUUGCAUUUGUUUAUACAACAAAUUCUGCAACUGGAUUAGUUUAUGCUUCUGGAUCUAAAAAGGCCACAGCAUCAGCUGGUGUUAUUUUAUUAUCAAUGGUUAAUUUAAUUUGGGUUUUUUAUUAUGGUGGUGAUAAUUCUUCACCAAUUAAUCAAUGGAUAGAUUCAUUUUCUUUAAGAGGUCCAAGAUCUUCAAAUAAUCCAUUUGGUCAUCAUGGUCAUUUACCAAGUAAUUAUCAUUCAAGCUAUAUUGCAUCAAAUUCAAAUGGUAUUGAUGAUGAUUAUAAUAGAGGUUCCACGGUUUCAAAUCAAAGAUAUGUUUCAUCAACAAGAUUAAAUGGUUUAGAAAAUUUAAGUGAAAGAAAUACAAAUACUACACCAAGAUUUGAAACACCAAUUCCAGAACAUGCUUCAAUGAGUUUUACAGGUGAUCCAGAUACUCAAUUAGUUAUUGAUGAUUUCCCUUAUACUGCAAGAGCUUUAUAUAGUUAUGAAUCAAGUCCAGAAGAUGAAAAUGAAAUUUCUUUUGAAAAAGGUGAAUUAUUAAAAGUUAAUGAUAUUCAUUCAAGAUGGUGGCAAGCAAAAAGAUCUAAUGGUGAAAUUGGGAUUUGUCCAAGUAAUUAUGUUGAAUUAAUUGAAUAG